UCCGUAGAUAAGAUUAGAGAUAAGAUGGGCGAGGGUAAUGGCAAGCGCAGCCAAGCAACUACUUGACUAGAACAUCCACCCAUCAAUGCCAGCUUACCAUUCAUCAUUCAAUGAGGAUCCAGAUAUCCGUCAGGUCGGCAACAUGGCGGUCCUGCCAAUCAAAACCAAGAUUCGCGGGCCUGCGCAAAUAGCCGACCCAGAACAACCAGAUAUUAUCGACGAAACCCUUGACCUGUUCCGAGCCAACUCUCUGUUCCGUAACUUUGAGAUCAAAGGCCCCGCCGACCGCACCCUGAUUGUGCUCAUUCUUUACGUCUCUGACUGCCUAGCCAAAAUUGGCAGUGCACGAACACCGCCGACGCAGAUUGAGGCCUCAAAGCAACUCAAUACCCUUUCUGUGGACAGUUUCCCGAUCCCUGGAGAUGCCAGCUUUGUUUUGAACGCUCAUUAUGCCGCACCAGCGAGUAGGGUAGAUGCAGAUUAUCUACGGCAGUAUCUAGUACAAGUCCGUCAAGAGUUGGCUGCUCGUUUGGUCGCAAUACUAUACGCAGACGGUACAGGCAAACCCAGCAAGUGGUGGAUGUCCUUCCAGAAGAGGCGCUUCAUGAACAGAAGUUUGGGUGCAUAGAGUGUACUGUAGUGUGGCUGUAAUUACUAUUCGUGACGAAACCUAUUUCCGCCUCCUACGCUCGUUAGGAUUCUUUUUACCAUACCCAAUGAUGGGCAUGUCUCCGUCCAUGCCUGCACUUCGCAUGCUCCUUCCCUUACCUCCAGUUCCGGCACUCAUGAUC